CUUAAGAUAUCACUCUUGAUUACAGCCGGAAGUAAUUUGUCACCAAAGUACAGAUUUGAAAGAUGCCAAAAAGUGAAAGGAAUAUGCAAACCAUUUUGUGACGAUGUUGAGUAUGAUUAUGGAUACUGCAUUAAAUGGAGAAACCAGUGCUGCGUAUAAACUCUGGAAUACGGAAGUCAUAUUGAGCAUCAAACCUGGAACAGAGGUGCAUGUUACUCAAGAGUAGAUAAAAACAAAGUGCUUAUAAGCUUUAAUGCUCAACAUGAAGAAUCAAAAGAAAUUAAAAGAACUAGACAAGAAUGUUACCGUAUUCGUGGUGUCUGCAGGAAUACAUGCAGCCCCCAAGAGUUUGUAGCUAUUUAUUGUGGAGAAAUACCCUGCUG